AUGUCGGCCAAACCAGAGUCUCUUACUCAGUGGGUUACAAAGCUCAACGAUACUCUGUUUAUUCAACCCAACGAUGAAAUCGCCAUCAAGGCCAUGGAAGAACAGGUUGAUUCAAGCCUGGUAACCAAGAUUAACCACAACGUGUAUACCUACGACCAAUUCAAAGGAGGACUCCUGUACGUCCGCGGCUCUACUACGGCGAUCCAAGACGAGUUUUCUGAGAUACUCUCAUGGGAGGACCCAGAGAAAGGGGAUGGCGUGGUGGCUGUUUUGAGCAAAUGGAGAACCAAGAAUAAAGAAACAGGCGAGGAGACGAAGAAGACUAAUGUCAUCCUCUGGGAGAUUAAGUUGAUUGAUGGGAAGCGGAAGCUUACCGGGCAGACUGAAGUAGAGGCUAUCUAG